UAGGCAAAAUCGUUCACUAAGUCUCGUUCCGCAAAAUGAAUUCAUUUUAUAAAAUUGAUCCAUAGUUUAUUUGGUUUUAUAGUCAUAAUUUUCCAUUUUUCCUUUCAUUUUUCUGUAUUCAGUAAAAUCGUACUUUAUGAAGUUACAAUUCCAAUAUUUGAACUUUUCCCGGAUAGCAGCUUCAAGCAGUCUUCAAGCUUAGGUCUGUAAAUUGUUUAUAAAAUUAUUAAAGUUGUGUUUUUACUUUGAAUAAAAUCCGUACAUAUCCAAAAUGCAAUUACUUUAUUUUUUCAAAAUCAAUUUAUUAAUUGUAUCUGCCUCUUGAUCUUUUUACAAAUUAAAUGUUAAGAAUCAGUUUUUUACAGGUCAAAUUACAUAUUAUACAUUACAAGCAGUACAGAGAUUCAAUCAACAAUUAAGGAAUUGUGAAAUUUCCGUAUGUAGGUACAUUGUUCAUAUUUCGAGCGUGUAGCUGCUGCAGAACAAAAGCACACGCAAGAACGAGUUUAUUUAACUCACUCAAAGAAGCAGUUCUUUAGGACAAAUCGUUCAUGAACUACACAAGUCAAUCAAAGAGUAUGUAACACUACGUUUAAAGUCAAUGAAUAAGCUGUAAUUUAGGUUGAGUUUUUAGUUUUUAGAAACAUUUUCAAUUGUGAAUUAAGCAAGUCGCGACGUAUAGAAUACAUGAAGUGGAAAUUAUAUUUAAAAUAAUAAUAAUAGUAGUAAUAUCUACCUAGUCGUAGUGAAUGUAAUUUAAGACACCAAUAAAUAAAACAAGUAAAGAUCCUCCAAGAUGGACGCCUUAGCGGAUAUUCUUCAACCGUACAAAGAGAUAGUGGGCUCGAUAGCGGCCUUCGUAACCAUUGGGCAGAUGUUCUCCGGCAGUUUCAUAUGCUGGGACAUAUACAAGCAGGGCAGCACUCGCGGGAUCGGCAUCAUGCCGUUCCUCGGAGGUGUUGUUAUGACCAUCCUCAACUUGCAAUAUGGUUACAUACUCCGUGACGACACCAUGAUUCAAGUCAACAUGUUCGGUCUGGCCUUAAAUAUCGUCUACGUGCUGAUAUACUUCAAUUACACCCAGCAGAAGGUCAAGGUUUGGGCUCAGAUCGGUCUGGCCGGUGCUGUGUCAGCUGCUCUUAUAGGAUACGCCCAGACCGAAGAUCCUAAGCUCGUGGAGACCAGAUUCGGGACAAUAAUAACGGCAUUCAUGUUCUACUUGAUAGCUUCACCGCUUUUUGGACUGAAAGAGAUCAUUCAGAAUAAGAGCACAGAAGGCAUGCCGUUCCCUAUAAUACUGUCCGGAACUGUGGUCACGUUCAUGUGGCUACUGUAUGGUAUUAUAUUGAGGAAUAAAUUCUUAGUGGUACAAAACGUGGUGGCCUUAGUGCUGUGCGCAUCGCAACUGUCACUCUUCGUUAUAUACCCAUCCAAGCCAAAAGGCAAAGAUAAAUCGAAAGUAAAAGCCAAGAAGACCGAGUAAAUAGACCGUCCUUCAAAUCGAUUUAGGAACGUAGGGGGUAAGGGGUUGGCAAGAUAACUUAAAGGUGCAUCAAUCGCUCUGUUCUGCUCGGAGUUAUCGUACAUUUGAUGCGUGCGAGCAGGACGGACAUAUACAAAUAUUAUAUCCAUUGCCGAUUCGUUGUGUUAGUUAUUAUUGCCAUCAACAAUAUUUAUUGCUGAUUGGUCGAUGCACCAAAAUCUUGAUAAACGUCAAAAUUAAAUUAUAGGGCUCCUACGCACUAGCGGAUAACCGCAAGGGCGGCAAAUCGCGCGCCCAACCGCUUUUCCAGUUUAAUAUGCACCCAAUAUUAUUAUUUAAGAUACUAUAUAGAUAAAGGAUUUGAUGUCGAUAAUUUUAUUGUUAUCGGAUGACUGUCGAUGUUGGCUCGAUUAAAUGCACAGUCAUAAUAUGUAUGACACAUAAUAUGAUGACGCGUUUGUUAUGUAUUAUGACAAACGAAAUCCACAUUUUUGUUACUAACGAAAAUGUUUCUAAAGUUCCGCAUUUAUCAUGUACAUUUUUUUAUUUUUUUACUUCGAUAGUUAUAGACAAGCGAAUGAAUUAAAAUCGAUUUUUAAAACGUCUCCUAGAGAAUUACAUUUUUAUUUGAUGAAAUAGAGCUUAUUGGAACAAUAGUUACAAUUAGUAAUUUUCUAUUUUUUUCAUUCAAAAUCUAUAUUUAUUCUUACGAGAUAAUUAUUUGGUACUAAAAUACGACAAACACUUCAGGAAUACUCGUAUAUUCCAUAAAGAAACCGUUUAAUUAAUUUAAAAUUAAGAGUUUUGACGUUUAGGAGAAUAUCCAUUAUAUUCAGCUUUCAAUAGAAAUUUGGUAGCAUCGAUAAAGGUGUACACAUAUUUAUGUGUAUGAAAUAAUACCCUCGUUAGGCUGUGUGUUCCUAUACUAAUGUUUGUGUGAUAUAUGUAUAUAUUUUUUUAAAUAAUUAUUACAAAUAUAAAUCAAUGGUUGUGAACCGUGAACCGUGAUAAAUUUUGUUAAAUCGAAUCCCAAUAAAUAUAUUGUUUAUAUACAU